AGCCGGAGUGAAACUGCAGGGGAGGGCGCAGAAGAUGGCAGCAUUGAGUUAACCAGGCGCAGCUGGAUCUCAGUGAAGAAGAACUGCGCUCACAGGAAGCAUGGUGUGGGCUGUGUGCUGCUCCGACUGCCUGCGCUGCGGGCUCCGGAGGUAACGGUGGCGUCAUCGCGGGACUGUAGCCGAGACAGGGUGCCGGAGUGACGGUUGUGAAGGGACUCGUCGGUUAGGUCCAAAAUACACACAAUGGACGACAACAGUCUACCCCGGAGGGAGGCAUGUCGUCCGAGGAGGGUCUCUGCUGCUGCGGAGCUUGGAGCUAAUGUUAGCCUGCAAGAUGGCGAGGUGAUCGACCUAACCUCUCCCAGAGAAAGUCAGCCUGGGGCGGACAGACCGGGCGCUGCUGGCGGAAGGAUGGAGAGGAGGAACUCGGCACCGCAAGUGGUCCAUCAGAGGCAUAUGCCCAUGGAGCCCUACAAGUUCCACAUACCGAAGAAAACUGAGGAAAAGAGAGCUCUGUUCCAGUAUGUCUCCACUGAGUCCAGGGAGUACGAAGGCAUGAUGACCGUCCUGACCUCCAGCUACAUCGACACCAACUCUGCCGGCUGCUUUACGUACUCCAUGCCUCGGCUUGUCUACAGCGAGCUGCUGGAGAAAGAGUUUGUGGAGAAAAGGAAGGAGAUGAAGGCGGAGGGGAGGACCGAUAAGGAGCUGGAGGAGUGCUACUGUUUCCUGCUGACGGACAGUCAGAAGCUUCCCCUGCUCUGUGAGAAGGGACUGUUUGUGGGUCAGAGCUGGAUCACAGUGUUGGGAAACCCCAGUAAAGGAGUGUAUCUGUCCAGGUACUCGGACCUCCUGCAGAUGAAUUCUUUAACUCCUGGAUCCUCGGGGGAGAUCGUCAUCUUCAAAGUGAUGAAGGGAAAAGUGAAGAGCAUCUAUGAAAACAUGAAGAACCUUCUGGAUCCAACACCUCGCUUCGACAGCCACAUCUCCAAGAACGCCAACAAAAUCACCUCGCUCACCUCGUACCGCGCCUUUGAGCUCUCACAGCAAUACUUCUACGAGUAUUCGUUCGACGAGCUGAGGCCGCGGCCUCGCCAGGUGUGUCCGUACGCCGUGGUCUCCUUCCAGGUCAAAGGAAAAGACGCUCCUCUGCCCAGCGCGCCUCUGGCACCCAUCAGGUCGAACAGUCAGUCAGCAGAGGGGAGUAAAGAGCGCGCUCAGUUCACAGUGUGGACCGGAGACUUGGUGAAAGGUGACCGAGUCCUCUUUCAGAUCUCGCUCUGCUCGAUGUCUCCGCCCUUCAUACCCCACAAACUACCAGAGAAGCUGGAAAUUGGUGAUUUAAUGAGGCUCGACCAGGUGACCAAGCUCCUCCCCCCCAGCCUGUUCUCCUAUAAUCUCUACAACAGCAGCCAUGAAGUUGUGAAGAGCGGUUUUUACUGCAGUCUGCUGGAAGUGACGGACAGGAAUCGAUCUAAGACCAGCGUGACGAGACUGCUGCACGAGCUGGAGAUAAAGAGAGUGGUGCUGGUGACUCCGCUCGUAGACAAAGGCUUUCUGUUCCUGUUGUCCAGUGUUCAGAUGGCCACACCCACAGAGAGAGGAGAGAACUGGAAGAGGUGCCUUCAGGCACUGUUUGUUUUCCAGGAGCCCAGAAACGUGUCCCACACCGGUGAGCAUCACUGUGACUCAUACCAGCAGCACCUUUUACUAAUCUCAGACGGCCGGCGCUGCAGCGAUGUCGGCGGCUGAAUCGCUUCAAUCCCAGCGUUGCACCACGCCCUGUUCAAAGUCCGGGCCAACCCCCCUCCUGAGCUGUCUGCUGGUGUGGAGCACCAGGCGCGGGAAUACCUCAUUGGCCUGAAAGAUGGGAAGGUUCGACAGUACCCGAUGGGUGAGUACGACUCCCAGCUGGAUGAACGAGGAAAACCGUUUCCUGCUCCCACACACCAUCGGGUCAACCUAGAGGGCUACCUGCGCUCCUACCUGUACAGCCCCGCCUUCUACCUGCUGUCAGCGGCCCGGGCCAGGCUGCUCGUGGAGGCGCACUGUGGCAACGAGCAGGCGCAGGAGACGAGAGCCAGGAAGAGACAGGCGACGGAGAAGGAAGCAACAGGAAACAGCAGACACGGAAAGACCAGCGCUCAAAAGAUGCAGCAGCUGAUCGACCUCGUUUUGACCUGCAAGAGGAAUGCAGAAAAUGAGGUGAAGAGGGAGGAAGGAGGUGGGCUCCAGGCACCAGGGAGGAAGAGGAAGCUGGAGCAGCAGGCGGCAGAGAGAGCUCUUAAAUACCUGAAAGCGUCACAGGAACCCCGGCGUGAGGCACGGCAAGAUCCCAGUCGAGGGAAACCAAGUGCCCCUCGUCUCCCCGUCUCCUUUGCGUCUGUGAUCGGCUCGCUGGGUUUGAAGGAUGCUGAUUUGAGGAACGAUGGAUCCGAACUUGCUGCCAAACUUCUCAGCUUGCUGACAGGCCUCGACCAGGCUGCCAGAGGAACCACUAAUCAGAGCCUUUAUGAGGCACAAGAAGAGGGGCUCAGGGAGUCCUAUCCGUUUGAUAGGCUGGCUGCAAAGCUGGGCCUGCCCACCAACUGUGACAUUGACCUGAGGAAGCAGGAUGAGCUGGAGGAGCAGACGGCGGGUAGCGUCAGUAGUUUGGAGGGAUUCAGUCCCGGCUCGCACAGCGGGGAGAUGAAUCACCACGGAGCAGCAGGUAGAGGAGGAGGAGGGAGAGGGCUGGGAAGAAGAGUGGAGUUUGAGGAGGAGGAAGAGGAGGAGGAGUAUGAGAUCCCGUGGGUCCUCAUCCCCAUAACAGGUCUGAGUUCAGAGAGGUACACCCAGAGGGACAGGAGCAUCCCUCACGACCCUCGCUUCCUGCACCUCGCCAUGGCAACAAGCAUCACCACAACAACCAAACCUCCCAGGCAGAGCUCCGCCUUGUCACCUGAGCCCAGCUCUCCUCCCUCCCCCUCCCAGUGCACAUCCCCCGAGGCCAGCCCGCCUCCAUCCCCCUCCCAGUGCCCCUCACCUGACCCCAGCCCUCCUCUUUCACCUUCCCAGUGUCCUUCUCCAGAUCCCAGUCCCCCUUCCCCGUCUCAGUGCCCGUCUCCAGAGCCCAGUUCUCCCCCGUCUCCCUUACACUGCCCAUCUCCACAGCCCAGUCCCCCUCCUUCUCCCUCCCAGUGCCCGUCUCCGGAGACCAGCCCUCCUCCCCGCUCGACCUCCCAGUGCCAGACGCUGGAGCCUAAUGAGCUCAGCUUACCUAAUAAGAACCACAGAGGUGCUAACAAGGAGCUGUUCCCCUCCACAGCCUCCAGGGAGUCUGCAGGAGAGGAGAAACUUCAGGGCAAAGAGCCAUCUGUUCCUCCAGCUCCAGAGAGAAGGACUUCAUCACCUGAGCCGGUGAAGGAAGUCACAGAGAGGAGAACGGUUAAACUUCUGGUGAAGGAAGAAGAAAGUCAGGCAGCUGAAAAGGUGCUGAAACAAGAGAGAAAAGCGACUGACUGUAAACGUGACGGGGAGACGGCGGUGGACUCGAUGCAGGAGGAGGAUGGUAACGAGGUGCAGCAGCUGGUCGGUGCUCCUGCGUUCUCGCCCUCGGCUGCUGCGUGCACGGACAUCAACCGCAUUGUGGAGAAACAUCUUGGUGACUUCUCCUCUGAGAUUCAGCUGCUCCUGCAGGAGGAGAGCACCCACUAUAACUUACCUCAAUACCCUCACUCCACUUCAGUCACAGCAGCAGCCACACCCGAGCGCACGCUCUCCUACGCCUCCGUGUCUCAGUUCUCACAGUACGUGUCUUUCUACAACCCCUGCCCCUCCGUGCAGGACUACGUGGACUCGCUAAAGGACAGCAUUAACAGCGUGAUCACAGAGUGUGAUGACAGCUGGCGACAGCACAACCCCGAACACAGUCGGGCUGACGCUGCUUUGGCUAACACAGUCAGUGCUUUUGUGGCCAGCGUCCGAGCAGCUAAUACAGGCAGAGACGACGAGGCCGCCGCUUUCUGCGAUGAGCUCUCAGCUGCUGAUGGCGGCUCUGCAGCCGCUCAGAGACCCUCCAGAGGAAGUGAAGCGUGGCUGCCGGGUACCGCAAACUACAGGAACCCCCCAAAUUCAGUUCCUACCUCCUCAUCUGGUUCCCUCUAUGAGCCUGCAGACACGUCCGUCCUCUGCCCUCCACCGAGCACAUCGCCACAUUCCCAGUGGACGCCACAGCAGAGCCACACAGGAGAGAUCAGCAGGACAAUCACUCAGAACGUCAGCCAAACUCAGGAGAACGGCACCACCAGGACCGUGCUGUGUACUGCUGCUGCUGACAGUGGGGGCAAGCUUCCAGCUAAGAGCAUCAUUGUGACUCUGCCGGGGCUAGGCGGUAGUUCAGAUCCCUUGGGAGAAGCUUCCCAUCCCUCUGAGCCGGUGUCCAGCCUGAGCCCCGGAUCUGUCCCCAAUCCCAGCGUGGGCACCGCUCCCCCGGCCACAGCCCUGAGCUCCCUGAUCAGCCAGCUGCAGCCAGAUGUGUUCAACAGCCUGGUGGAGAUCAUCAAAGAAGUCAAGAAAAACUCCCUGCAGUUCUACAUCCACUGCACCGAGCCAGGAGACGAGGUCACCAAAGACAUAAAGGAGCUCCUGUUGAAGCAGGGGAACGUGGAGCAGAAUCCGGUCACCUUUCUGAGCCAAGAAGACCCCGACAACAGGCUGCUGGUCAUCAUCAAGAACAAGGACAUAGCUGGACACGUACACAAGAUCCCGGGCCUGGUGUCUCUGAAGCGACAUUCCUCUGUGGUGUUCGUGGGAAUCGAUACGCUGGACGACAUCAGGAACAACAGCUACAACGAGCUCUUUGUAGCCGGAGGCUGCAUCGUAUCGGACGAGCUCGUCCUCAAUCCGGACUACAUCACUCACGAACGACUGGCGGCGCUGCUGAUGUUCCUGGAACAGCACAGUUCUCUGGAGAGUGUUUGGAGGUGGAAGAUUCACUGCAAAACACACAAAAAGCUGAAAGAACAAGCCAGAUUCAGGAGAGAUGCAGCCAGCCUAUUGGAUUUGCUGUCAGCCUAUCAGAAGCGGCAGAUCGUGGAGUUCCUCCCGUAUCAUCACUGUGACAUGAUGAACCAUCAGUCACCUGACCUGGACUGUCUGAUCGAACUGCAGGGACGCUACACGCAGUACCGACACACGAUCUUCCUCACCGAGCAUCACUACGAGAAGUUAACUGCCUACUCCAGCGGGGGCAUCAUCGUCGCCGGUAUCGAUGAAAUUCUGCACAACUUCUCCAGACUGGUUGGUUGCCAUGACAUCAAGGCAAAGCAGCCAAUCAUAGAUGACAUGCUGUCUCCCAAAGGUGCCAAAGGGGUCGGGGGUCAGCUGAGUCACGGCGACUGUGUGUCGGGCCCUGAAUGCUCUCCGUCCAUAUUUCCAGAACACUCCCUCUCCUCUGUCAGCCAACAGCUUCCGCAGCCCAGCUCCGGCUUCCCCUCUUCUCUCCCCCACCCCUCCGACCAGCUCGUCCCAGACGCCUCCUGUAAGGACGGGGUCCCUCUCCACUCAGACGCCGACUGCGAGGUUCUCCGACAGGCCAUCUUACAGUUGCGGGCGGAGCGUCAGGCGCAGCUGCAGCAGCUGCAGCAGCAGCAGCAGCAGUUAGAGUCUCAGGCAGAGUUGAGCAUCAACCCCGUGAAAAGCUUCCUACACAUUCCCACCCCUCCUCCGGGUCAGGGAGGUCCCGCUGAGACACUCCAGCUCACUCCGGGCAGGAAAGCUGUCGCAGCCACUCUGCAGUCAAUUCACUCGGAUCUGCAGCCAGAGCUGAGCAGCAGGAGGGAGGACAGAGAGGAGCCUCCUGCAGAGGAGUGGAGGAGAGGAGGAGAGCCUGGAGAUCAGAGAGGCGGCACCCCGGUGAGAGUGGCGGGCUCACAGGCAGGAAACCAGGCUCCCCGCAGUAAUGACACGCCUGCUUUUUUAUCCAAUCAGAGCGCAGCUGCAGUGACAGCGCUGAGCAGUCAGACACACGGUGAAACAGAUCAACACGGAGAGCCUGUGUUCACCAAAGCAGAUGAAAGUAGCACGCCAUCCUGCAGUACCACUGCCUGUCCAAUAGAGGGCGACAGAUCGAGUGAAACUCAGACUGGCUACGAACAGCCAAUAACAGGAGAGGCGGUGCCACCGGGCAACAGCGAGGUAACGGGAAGCAUCACCACAAUAACAAACCAGGAGAGCGUCCCAAAUCCCGCUGCGCCCCAGCGGCAGCAGAUCCAGCACCCUCAGCAGCACGUGAGCGAGCGGCAGGCGCCGUCACACCCGCAGUACUUACCUCACAGCCACCAGCAGCGGAGCGUCGGCCUCCUCCACCCCCACCUACCUCGAGUCCACAGCCAGCCUUUCCACCGGGCCCCCAUGCUGGGGCCGCUGAGUGCCCUGGGAGGAAUAAGGGGCCUCCUGGGGCAGCCGCCUCUCUGGCCUGGAGGCUUAGGUGCUGCGGGUGCCGUCCCUCUGGUCUGGGGCUUUCAGCAGGCUGCUGUGGACUUCACGGGUCCUUCGCUGCUGGGAGGGUACCCCAGCCCUGCAGCCCAGGGUGGCUUCAGGUACAGAGGGGGGCAGCGGGGAGGCUUUAACGGGAUGUAAGACUGCCAGCUACAAACAUCCCAAACUCUUACAGGUGCCGACAGGUGGUCCACACUCUGCCCCCCACAACAAAAUAAACACACCCCAGUUUGACCCACUUCAUCACACCAUAAAGAACAUUUCAGGUUGUUUGUGGUGCAGAAACACGUAAAACUGGAGCCUUAAAGUGUGCGAGCUGCUGAGGCAUCCUGCCCUCAAACAAUCUGCAUGUUUCUGUCAGUCAUAACAAUAAAAAUCUAAAGUCACUUCUUUAUAUUGAACCUGCCCAACACUAAUGUUGUAUCAGUGCUGCUGGUUUUUGUUCAGUAUUUGACCCUAAAAACACAAACGUGUUCGGUCUGUACCCCUGCAGGAUCCAGAUGGAGCUUCUGUUUUUGAUCUGUGAAACAUCAGAAAAAGUGAGUUCUUAUUUCUCAUAAAUCCUUUUUUCAAUAAGGAUGUCAGCUGUGGGGCCCUCCUGUGGGUGUGUGAUGCUCCUCUGUGACCAGUUUAGGUGCAGUAAGCAGAGACCCUGUGCAGAGUGUGGACUAGCAUCUUAAAGUACCUGCUGCGUGCUGAGAUGCACAAACACUGAAGGACGAAGCUGUUUCUCAGUUUUUGGGGAUAAAACAGCCGAUGGUUUCUGUCAGCACUGAACGAACGGGAGCUCAAGACUGACUGUUUUAUUACUCUGAGUGGUAGUCCCUGAUUUUCCCAGCUUCCCUGAAUGCACCACAGGAACGUGGACGUUUUCUCUCUCCGUGGAAACUGGCUGCAGUUACCUGUACAGGAAGUGGGCGGAGUGUCUCGUACCUGUGGACGUUGUUCAUAUCCUGUAAAAUCUUUGUUUUUUGUAUGGAUGUUCGGGUUGUUGCUCUGAGCUCUUUGUGUUGAGUUUUAUGUAGGAGGAGACUUUGAAACAGACCGCUUUUAACUUAAAUCAUUUUUUAUGUUUUCUUUUUUAUAUCAAAGGUUCUUUUGUAUUAAAAUAAUAAACGUUAUGUAAAAGAU